CCCGCUGAGCGGCGCCUGUCCGGGAUGCGGAGCCCGGACGCCUGAGCCGCGGCGCGACCUCGGCGCGGGAAGUUCGGGCGCCGCGCGGCGAUGGAGGCACCCGGCAGCGGUAGUGGUGACGGCGGCGGGGACCCAGGCGGGGACGGUGCGCAUCCCGAUGCUCGCGGCCCCGGCUCCGGGCCGUGCGCGGCCGCCCGCGACUCGGAGCGCCAGCUGCGCCUCCGUCUGUGCGUACUCAACGAGAUCCUGGGCACCGAGCGCGACUACGUGGGCACCUUGCGUUUCCUGCAGUCGGCCUUCCUACAGCGGAUCCGGCAGAAUGUGGCCGACUCUGUGGAGAAGGGUCUCACAGAAGAGAAUGUCAAGGUCCUCUUCUCUAACAUUGAGGACAUCUUGGACGUCCAUAAGGAUUUUUUGGCCGCCCUGGAGUACUGCUUACACCCCGAGCCUCAGUCACAGCACGAACUUGGGAACGUUUUCUUGAAAUUUAAGGACAAGUUCUGUGUGUACGAGGAGUACUGCAGCAACCACGAGAAGGCCCUGCGCCUGUUGGUGGAGCUCAACAAGGUCCCUGCUGUGCGAGCCUUCCUCCUGCCUCCUGCCAAGCAUCCCCAGGCCUUUGAUGCUAGCGUCACACGGGAUUCCCUCUCUGGCGCGUUCAUAUGCCUCCGGGGCCAGUGA